AUGCUCUCGAAGUGUGUCAGUUCUUGCAUACUCGGCUUAUCAGCCAUAACGCGGCUUCUUGGUACAAAAAGCUCUCACGAGAAAGACUUUGCGUAUGCCACGAAAGCCUCGGAAGCCAGCGGCGAGGCUGUGUGUUCCUUACAUCUUCCGAUCUCAGAACAGCGGCCUCCCGGUUCGGCGACGCAGUCUCUGCUCACUUUACCGACCGAGCUUCUGCUCAUAAUCGCCUCAGAUCUCGACCCGUCCGCGCUUCUCUCCUGGAAGCUCUCGCAUCCGCUUUUCUACCACAUGCUAAAGCUGCCGGCCGACGUGACGCCGGCCGUGCUUAGCAUCUGCGCGCGCCUGGCAGUUCGCGACUACCUCAAAAGCUCGGACGUCCAAGAUAACCGCAUGCGCUGUGCCCUCUGCAAGGGCCUCUACCCGCCCGACAUGUUCAGCUCUGCGACUAGUCCGGCGUGUAUUCCAUUCCGUGACCUUAACCGAAGGCGGCAGGAGGUGUUGGACAUGCCCGAGAGAGUCUGCAUAUGGGACAUCGGCCGGCUCGUCCGCUUUGAGGCUGCGACUACUGCAGCGGAUGAACCACAAUGGACCAGCUCGAUGGAAAGCGUGUGCAUGCACUGUGGAGCGGUGCAGAGCUGGAACCGUUGUGCGUGCCAGUGUCAGACUUGUAGCGUACGGGAAGCGAGGACUUACACGCGCUGGCUGAGCUGCGGAGAGCCUCCAGGCGGCAGAUUUGCCUUUGCCAGGCACAAAGACGGGAGUCUGUGGGUCAGGGAAUGGGGACUGAAGGGCGGAGACCGUGAUGAUCCUUCUGUAGAGAUGUGCGUUCAUAUUGAAUAA